CGCAAACUAGAUUCGUUGUUGCCGCUCGUGUUACAAGGCACGCGCGAUCUCGCGUCUGCGAACAACGAAUUGCGAUGGCUGAGGGAAUAUGUUAUGGAGCAACAGCAAAACCCGCAGACCAUGAAGUGCUGCAGUGUACAAAAUCAGCUCAGAAAGUUGUGUGUCGAAAGAGCUCGUGGCAAGCCAUUGCAAUACAUCAUGGGCACUGAAUAUUUUGGCGAUCUCGAGAUUGCUUGUGAGCAAGGUGUUCUGAUACCAAGGCAAGAGACUGCUGCUUCAGUGACCUUCUUGAUUGAACGAUUGCUUCAAGGCGAGAACCCUCAACGUCUGCAGAAGCAUCUCAGAAUCUUGGAUCUUUGUACAGGAACUGGUUGCAUACCAUUACUAGCCCAUUACGAACUCGAACAAAGACGCAAGCACAAUCAACAUCCUCAAACUUUGGAGGUUGUGGGUGUAGACAUAUCCCCUCAGGCUUUGAAACUCGCAAACAAGAAUCUCCACAAUUUGACUGCCACUGGAUACCUCAGUCGAAACCCAUCACUGCAUUUCCUUCAGGCAGAUAUCCUCGCAACCAACUCCAAUGACAAAACCAACCACCCACCAUCACUAGACUCUGCACUCCACCACCACGAAACCACCUCAUCAGUUCCUCGCCAUAAUCGCUGGGACAUCCUAAUCUCAAACCCACCAUACAUAUCGCCCCAAGCCUUCAACACCACAACAACAAGAUCGGUAAAACGCUACGAACCGCGUCUGGCCUUGGUACCUCCUCCCCAAGACGAUCCCUUGUACUUCGGAGUGGAUCAAGGAGACAUUUUCUACCCUCGCCUAUUGCAAAUCGCUGAUAAGGUUGGAGCCAAGAUUGUGCUUUUUGAAGUCGCGGAUUUAGAGCAAGCUCAGCGUGUUACUGUCAUGGCGAGAAAUCAGGGCAUCUGGGAUGGGAUUGAGAUUUGGCGAGACUGGCCGAACCAGCAUGAUCCUGACGCAGAAGUUGGAAAUACGGCCGUUCUGAAAGAUGUCAAAGUACUUGGAUCAGGGAACGGUCGCUCAGUUNUUGCAUACCGUGGCGAUGCAAGGGAUUGGUUAUGUAUAGAG